AUGGAGAAACGUGUAUUGAAAUUUGAAUUUGAUGUUGGUACAACAGGUCGUUCGGCAACAGGUACUCCUGAUGGUGUUGGUAAAUCAAUGGAACUUGUUCAACGUGAACGUGAUCGUGAUAUAAAAGAAAAAGAAGAAUUACGUUAUUUAAAUGAUCGUUUUGCACAUUUUCUUGCUAAUAUUGAACAAUUAAAACGAAUUAAUGAACAAUUACAAGCACAAUUAAAAGAUGAAUUUUCUAAAUGGGGAAUUUUACCACGUGAUGAAAAUGAAUUACGACAAAUAAUAAAUCAAAUUAAUAAUCGUGCUGCUAAACGUGCUAAUGAUGAAGUAUCUUCACGUGCUGCUGAACAAGAAUCUGCAAUAAUUAAUCGUGCAGCUACUUUAUAUAGUAAUAUUCAAGAAAUGUAUAAACGUAAACAAGAAAAUUUACGUAAUCUUAUUGAUAAAUUACAAGAAGAAUUUAAUCGUAUUAAUCAACGUCAACGUCUAAGUGAUGAAGAAGUUUCAACAACACGUGAUGAUGUAAUAAAUGAAGUAAAAAAAUUUCGUGAACGUUUACAAGAUUGGCUUCGUAUUGUUGUUGAUAAACAAACAUUAUUAGAUGAUAUACAAUCAUUACGUGAACGUAUUAAUUUAAUAAAUGCAUUAAAUGAUGAAGAAAUUAAUGAAUGGAAACGUUUAUUAGAUCAAUCAAAAGAUGAUUCAAUAUCAUUUUAUAAAGAAGAAUUAACAAAUGCUAUACGAGAUAUUAAACGUGAUUAUUCUAAACAAGCAAAAAAAUUUCAAGAUGAACUUGAAUAUCAAAUUGAAGGACAAUUACGUAUGGUUGAAAAUCAACUUAAACAACAACCAUCUGGUUUAAUUGAUGGUUCAAUGCAAGAAUCUGAAAGAAAUCGUAUGCAAAUUGAAGAAACUAAAUUGCGUACAAGCAUGGAAGACUAUGAUAAAGAACAAAUUCGUUUAAAUGAAUUAACAAAAUUAUUAUCCGAUAAACGUCGUUUAUUACGUGAUGAAGAAGCAAAAUUACACGAAAUUGAAAGAAAAAUUCGUGAUAAACAAUUUCAUGAAAAAUCACUUGUUGAAAAACUUAAAUAUGAAUAUGAUGAUUUACGUGGACGUUUUGAACAAAUGGCAUUUGAAUUAAGAUUUAGUAUUGAAGAUGAACUUAGAAUUUAUUCUCGAUUACUUGAUGAACUUAUGAAAAAAUCAACAAUUAAUCCAACAUCAACUGUUACAACUCAACAUGGUGGAGCAACAACUUUUACAACAACAUCAUCAACUAUUCGAUCAGGUGGAAUUGAAGAUCGUGAUGUUCCUUCAACUUAUCAACAACUGCGUACUAUUAGUCCCAAUGUUGGAAUUGCUGGAAAUAUUAGUAGUACAUUUCCAGAUACAGGAACAACAAAUUUAGAUGGAAGUAAAAAUUGGCUUCAAUUGGGUGAUAAUGAUAUGUAUGAUACGAGUUUAACAACUCGAUCAUCAUCACUUUCACGUCUUGAUUAA